AGGCGGAGAGGGCUGGGGAGGGCCGCGACCGAGUGACGUCUCGGCACCAGGAAGCCCGCCUCUGGUUUUAAGAUGUUAGGCCCACAGGGAAGCGUGGAGCCGCAGAUGUGGUCCGUCGCUCGCCCGGGUGCCUGGAGCUGAGCUGCGGCGGGGCAGGGCUCCAGCUCGACGCCGAGGGGGUGUGCGUGUGCGCCCUGCGGAGGGUGCGCUCCGAGGCCCGCGACGCCGCCGCCGCCGCCGCCGGCGCGGGGAAUCUAAUAUCAGCUACCUGUCCCUGUCACUCUUGACACUUCGCCGUCAGGGCUGCGCGCGGGGGGCGGGCAGAGCGCGACCGGCGUUAGCUUUCCUUAUUGGAGGGGUACGUGGGGGAGGGAGGGUGGGGAGAAGGGGGUCUCGACCCACUCGCCUUUCGCUUCGGAGCUUGGAAGCCGGCUCCCUAAGGACGCUGAGAGCGCUGCCCUCCCGGCCACAUCCCCAUGUCUCCGUUCGCCCGCUGACUUUCGGCCGCCGGACUUUUUCGCCGGAGCCUUCCGGAGGAGACGGGGGCGGCUUGGCUCAAGGACUCGGCGGGGGUUGCGUCCCCUGGCUCUGCCCGCGGCCGCCACCGCCGGGAAACUCCGCGCCUAAAGCGCGACCCAGAGCGGGCAGCGGCGGCCACGGGGGCUCGGCGGGGCGGCAGCCCAGGACUCGGCAGGGCUGCGCGCUGCCUCGUCCAUGAACUGCAUGAAAGGCCCGCUGCACUUGGAGCACCGAGCAGCGGGGACCAAGCUGUCGGCCGCCUCCUCAUCUUCCUCCUGUCACCAUCCCCCUCCGACAGCCAUGGCUUCGGUCCUGGCUCCUGGUCAGCCCCGCUCCCUGGACGCCUCCAAGCACAGGCUGGAGGUGCACACCAUCUCCGACACCUCCAGCCCCGAGGCCGCAGAGAAAGACAAGAGCCAGCAGGGGAAGAAUGAGGACGUGGGCGCCGAGGACCCGUCCAAGAAGAAGCGGCAACGGCGGCAGAGAACUCACUUUACCAGCCAGCAGCUGCAGGAGCUGGAGGCCACUUUCCAGAGGAACCGCUACCCGGACAUGUCCACGCGCGAGGAAAUCGCCGUGUGGACCAACCUUACAGAAGCCCGAGUCCGGGUUUGGUUCAAGAAUCGCCGGGCCAAGUGGAGAAAGAGGGAGCGCAACCAGCAGGCCGAGCUGUGCAAGAAUGGCUUUGGGCCGCAGUUCAACGGGCUGAUGCAGCCCUAUGACGACAUGUACCCGGGCUAUUCCUACAACAACUGGGCCGCCAAGGGCCUCACGUCGGCCUCGCUGUCCACCAAGAGUUUCCCUUUCUUCAACUCUAUGAAUGUCAACCCCCUGUCGUCUCAGAGCAUGUUCUCCCCGCCCAACUCCAUCUCGUCCAUGAGUAUGUCGUCCAGCAUGGUGCCCUCGGCCGUGACGGGAGUCCCGGGCUCCAGCCUCAACAGCCUGAACAACUUGAACAACCUGAGCAGCCCGUCGCUGAAUUCCGCGGUGCCCACGCCCGCCUGUCCUUACGCGCCGCCGACUCCUCCGUACGUGUACAGGGACACGUGUAACUCGAGCCUGGCCAGCCUGAGACUGAAAGCUAAGCAGCACUCCAGCUUCGGCUACGCCAGCGUGCAAAACCCAGCGUCCAACCUGAGCGCCUGCCAGUACGCGGUGGAUCGGCCCGUGUGAGCCGAGCCCGCAGCGCCGGGAUGCUAGGACCGCGCGCCGCGCGCUGACGACUCAGCCCGUGAAAGACUGGGAAUUACGCUAGAAGGCCGUGGGCACUAAAGAAAGGGAGCGCAAGAGAAGAUAUAAUGAGAAAAGGAAACCACUGAAUUAGAGAGAGAGGGGGAGAGAGAGCGCUCCUUUGAUUUCAAAGGAAUGUCCUCACUGUCUGCUAUCUUUGACUACAAGUAUUUCCAACAGUUGCAAGGACACACACACACACACACACACAAACAAGUAUCUGACUGGAUAUGACAUUUUAACAUAACUAUAAGCUUGUUAUUUUUUAAGUUUAGCAUUGUUAACAUUAAAAUGACUGAAAGGAUGUAUAUAUAUCGAAAUGUCAAAUUAAUUUUAUAAAAGCAGUUGUUAGUAAUAUCACAACAGUGUUUUUAAAGGUUAGGCUUUAAAAUAAAGCAUGUUAUACCGAAGCGAUUAGGAUUUUUCGCUUGCGAGCAAGGGAAUGUAUAUACUAAAUGCCACACUGUAUGUUUCUAACAUAUUAUUAUUAUAAAAAAUGUGUGAAUAUCAGUUUUAGAAUAGUUUCUCUGGUGGAUGCAAUGAUGUUUCUGAAACUGCUAUGUACAACCUACCCUGUGUAUAACAUUUCGUACAAUAUUAUUGUUUUACUUUUCAGCAAAUAUGAAAAAAAUGUGUUUUAUUUCAUGGGAGUAAAAUAUACUGCAUACAAAUCGGUCUGGAUUCUUUCUGCUCUCCUCUGUCACCUGGACAGGGCGUCUCAGCCACUGCCUCCUAAACAAACCAGUUCCCACUGCCUGCCCAGUUAAACAGACAAGGCAGCAGCACUUAUUUAAAUGUGAUAGAAAUAAAUUAUAGCCAUUCAUCAAAAAGCUAACCAAAAAAGGGCACUGGUGAGGGGGGGAGGGGAUUCAAAGUCUGGUCUUGUCUUUCAGAUUUUUCUUUGGCUUAAACCCAGAGGAUUCCUUUAUUGCUAGCAAAUAACAUAAGAGAGAAAAAAGGAGAAAUAUUGAGAAAAUACUGCCGGCUUCGAAUGACUCUCAAGUUUACUCCUUUAGGGGGGAAGCCUGCCCCUCCAGAAGUUGUUCUGGAGACAUACAUGAGCAGGUAUAAAUGUACAGUUUAUAUACAUUCCUCUCACAAGGAGUCCAUCUAUCAUAAAUUUACAAGGGAACACCUCCAGUUCAAAAUAUUUAGGCCUCCGCGUUUAUCUUUUGGACUUAAGUAGAGAGAUCCUUCAUGUUCUAUUGCAUUGCUAUUUCCAAAUCCUUUGGAGACAUUAAAAGAAACAAAGACCAUUUCUAAUAACCACAGCCCUUCAGUUUCUCAAAGAGCCCAGGGGUUGAGAGGUUAGAGUGGAGCUUCCUGAGUCUUGUCCAGCAAUAUGUAGUUGAGGCAAAGGUCAUGCUCCCUGUGUUUCGUUUUAAAUAAUAUUGACCCAUUAAUUCUAAACCUGCUUGUUCGUGAAAUUAUACAGGAUUAUAGUUUGCAAACUACAGGACAAUGAAGCAAAUCAAGAUGAAUUACAGCCCCGGCCCUCCCUCCCGUCGUCUGACAUCUAAACCGGGAAGGAGGUCCGCGUGAGAGUUUUUAAAAACUUCAAGUUCCAGCUCACUCCUCUAUAGGUGAUUUUCAGCUUUUUUUUUUUUUUUAAGUGAAAUUUGAUUUCGGAACAAAUUGUAGCAAAUACUCAGCACCGCAGCCCAGGGAGGAUUGGGUGGGGGUGGGGGCUGAGGUCCUUUGUUAUCCUUGUCAUCCCCGCCCCCAGCCCCCCAGUGGGCCAGGACAAACACCACCCGGAGGACUGGAGAGCGGAGGGCAGCCGCCACCAGUUUUCUGGAGCUGAGAAAACCUGUGUUUUCGCGCUGAGGUUGCUCUUAUCUCACCGAAACGCUACCUAGAAGCUUUGGGAGAACUCAGACACUGAGUCUUUGUUCGGCGAGGAACUGCUGCUGCCACUUAAGGAGAUGGAAGAUAAUGUCCCCGAUUUAAGAUCAGUGCUCAGCGCACAUUAACUUUCUUUCUCUCUUUUCAAAGCUCUGCUACCAACUUGGCGGGAUCACGCGGCAGUGGGGGUCAGAUGAAAGCCCUUUGGACGAGGGUCACCUCCGUCCUUGUUGUUCACUUGAGAGCAGUGGAGAGGAAAACGGUCCCCACGGGCGGACUUUGGCUUCUGGAGCCGAGGGGCCCGGGGGGCCCGGCCUCCCCGCGCCUCCGCCCGGUCGGGGGGCGGGGAGGGGGAGGGGGAGGGGGAGGGAAGGCCAGGGACUGGGAGAGGGGAUUUGGGGAUGGGGGCUAGAAGCACCGCCGAAACUUGCCGGCAGGAUUUGCGUCUCCUGCAGGUCGCGCCGAGAGUGACUUUCGAGCUCUGGGUACAGGAGGUGGAUUUCGGCCUAGUUGCUUUGCGCAGACAGAACUCGACGCGAGGAAACCCAUCAAUCUGCAGGGGGGAAAAAAAUGGAAGUCCAGGUUUGGGAAGGGUUGUCACUUCCCCGACUGGAGUGGCGCAGGCUGGGGGCGGGGACUUGGGACCGGAGAGAGAGACUUUUCUCCAGCACCUCGGCUCCUUUCGCUGGACUUCCGAGGGACGAAGCGUAACCUCUCCCGCUGUUCCUCCACUGCCCUCCGCGCACGCACGCACGCCCGGCCGCCGGCCACUCUGCGCACCUCCGGUUCCGUUCCCUUGGAGCGAGAGGAGCCUGGUUUUCCCGUCGGUGCCGUCGGCCCCCUCGCCCCUCCCGCGCCCGGGAAGCCUGUGCCCCCCCUUACCCCCCUCCAGCUAUGGCUCCAGGCACCAGCUCGGUUCCACUCAAUCGAUUUUUGCUGCAUGUCAACACUUAUUACCGAUGAUACCCUUCCAGGCAACCCAGAAUCUUCCUCAGACCUGUGCAUUGGAGCAGCAGAAUUUCUGUCCAGGGAUUCACUCGAAUCCUUGCACUCAGAGGUCUUCAGAUCAAGGAAUUUACUCAAGGACUUGUACUUGAAGAACUCAAAAUGCCUCAUCUACAUCUGGAUCUAGGUGGCACGGCAAGAUUCUUGACUUUGAGGCGAUGUUGUAAGACUUUCGGUGGCCCUGAGAAAUACAAUACUUUGCAUGAAGGAGGGAGGUUAGUCACUGGAGGCUAUAGCAUGGACUCAAGAACCAGCCUCCUAGAUAUUUUCCAUAUAAUCCCUGCCUCCUGGUACUCAUGCCUCUGUUCAGUGGCCUUCCACACUAGAUAGAGCUAACCUGAGCACCCAGCUGUAUAUGAUGGAAUGGAUGAUAUAUGAUUUCCAAGGCUGGUAUAUACAAGAUAUUGUGGCUUGAGCCUUGUUGUCUCUUGCAUCACUCUGGAGGAGGCCAGUUGUCACACCAUGUCAUGAGGACACACAAGCAGUCCUAUAGAGAAGUCCCUGUGAUGACCUGAGGUAGGAAGAAUGUAACCACCAUGUGAGUUUAAGUCAUCUUAGAAGCAGACCUUCAGUCACAGACAAGCUUUCAGAGGACUGUAGCCCUAGCUGAGAUUUAACCACAAUUUCAAAUGAAACACUGAACCAGAAUCACUCAGCCGGGCCAGUCCCGAAUUCCUGAGUCAGAGUUGUGUGAGAUAAUAAAUGUUUGUUAUUGUAUUCAGCUGUUAA